AUGCGUUUGUUACGAGAGGAUAAGUUAGAUCGGUUGACGGAUUUCUUGCACCGAAACCAAGGACGAGUGAUUAACACCGAGACAAUAGUGUUUACUACAUUGCUAAACACAUUGAGUUGCAUCGUGCUCGGUAAAGAUUUGCUUGAUUUGAACGUCGAACAUGAAGAUGAACAUGGGAUUGGUGGCAAGUUGAAAGAAUCGCUUCUUAAGAUAAACGAGUAUGGUGGCCAUGUACGAGAUUUCGGUUCGUUUUUUCCCAUGUUUCAAAGCUUUGAUCUUCAAGGAAUAAAGCGGGGAAGCAUGAACCAUAUGCAGAAGGUGUUUGCUUCUUGGGAGGAUAUAAUAACAGAAAGAAGACAUGUUCUUAAUUCAGGGACGACUUUGCAUUACGAGCAGACCAGAUCUUUUGUGGAUCAUUUGCUUGAAAAUGGAUUUUCAGACAACCAGAUCAAUCAGCUGGUUACGGAAUUAUUCAUAGCAGGAACGAACACUACCACCACAGCUAUGGUAUGGACCAUGACCAAGCUCGUUCGAAACAAAGAGGUCAUGUUGAGGUUAAACGAAGAGAUGGAAAAAGCAAUCGGUUUUGAGAAAAUCACCGAAUCCCAGCUAUCGAAAUUACCCUAUCUACAGGCUUGUGUUAAAGAAGCUCUAAGAUUACACCCACCUGUUCCUUUUCUUCUUCCUCAUAUGGCUGCAGAAACUUGUGACGUUAUGAGUUACACGAUCCCGAAAAAUGCACGAGUAUUUGUCAACGUUUGGGCGAUUGGCCGAGACGGUAAUGUUUGGGAAGACCCGUUAUCUUUUAGACCAGAGAGAUUUCUCGAAUUGAAGGUUGAUCUAAAAGGGCAUGAUUUCGAGUUAUUACCGUUUGGUUCGGGACGAAGAAGUUGUCCGGGAUUACCAUCGGGUGUCAAGAGUCUUGAGUUUUUGAUAGCUUCCUUGAUUCAUGAGUUUGAUUUAGUUCUUCCAAACGAAGAAGAUCCUACGAAGAUCGACAUGAAUGAGAAAUUUGGGUUGACCUUGAAAAAGGAGAAACCACUAAACCUCAUCUUCAAGCGUAAAUGA